CGGAUGUCGUACGUUGUCAAAAUGUUCUGUUAUUACGUGACUUGCACGAUACAUGCUGCAUUUUUAAAUUGCUCUCUUGCAUAUUGUGUAACAGUUGGCAUUGCGAGUUGUUUUUGACAAAACAGGUUUGUCAGUAAUAUCUCGUCUUUUCACAGUAUGUCAAUGUCGUGUGCAUUUGUUAGACUGGACGUUUUCAAGUCAUUUGUCUAUACUCGUUUUUUUAAAUUUUAUUUAGUGUUUUAUGUUAAUUGAAUUGCGCUGUUUAUAAAAUGUACCAGUUUGUCUCUUAGUUUGUACAGAAGCGCUGCUACCAUAUCAAAAACAAAAAUCAGUCGUAUUGCGUAUCGACGUGCUACUCGUUUUGCUUUAAUCGCAGCACACCACUAGAAGAAUAUUUUAUUAUUAUUCUUUGUUUUUAUUUAUUUUUUAACAAAAUGAGCGUCGGGUUCAUUGGAGCGGGGCAACUUGCAUAUGCCCUGGCGAGAGGGUUUACAGCUGCAGGUGUAAUAGCGACUCAUAAGAUCACAGCCAGUUCCCCAGACACUGGACUCCCUACUGUGACUGGGCUAAGGAAACUGGGUGUGAAUUUCACCACUAGCAACAAGGAGACAGUGAAGAACAGCGAUGUCUUGUUCCUGGCUGUCAAACCUGACAUCAUCCCCUUCGUUCUGGAUGAGAUUGGGCCUGACAUCGAGAAUCGUCACCUGGUGGUGUCCUGUGCUGCUGGAGUCACAAUUCACUCCAUUGAGAAGAAGCUGUCUCUGUGCCACCCGGCCCCGAAGGUGAUGCGCUGCAUGACGAACACGCCAGUUGUGGUGCGGGAGGGAGCCACGGUGUAUGCCACGGGCUCCCACGCCAAGGUGGAGGACAGCAACCUCCUGGAGCAGCUGAUGGCCAGCGUGGGGUUCUGCGUUGAGGUGGAGGAGGACCUGAUCGAUGCUGUGACCGGGCUGAGCGGCAGCGGGCCUGCCUACGCAUUCACAGCCCUGGACGCGCUGGCGGAUGGUGGAGUGAAGAUGGGGCUGCCGAGGAGGCUUGCGCUCAGACUGGGAGCUCAGGCCCUACUGGGAGCUGCUAAGAUGGUGCUGGACUCUGAGCAGCACCCCGGCCAGCUGAAGGACAACGUGUGCUCCCCAGGGGGUGCCACCAUCCAUGCACUGCACGUCAUGGAGAGCGGAGGCUUCCGCAGUCUUCUCAUCAACGCAGUGGAGGCAUCCUGCAUCCGGACCAGGGAGCUGCAGUGCCUGGCUGACCAGGAGAAGACUUCCACAGCCGCUAUCAAGAAGACAACUCUGGAGAAGGUCCUCCAGGAAUCUAGCUCGAUCGGGGUCAAGGGGAGAACCAGCCUGCUCACUAACAGCAAGGGGACCAAGAACAAGAACUAAAUAUCCAGCAAACGCUUGCCACACAGCAGAGCUGGACGUCCCCCCUGGGUGAAGGGUAUGGUGUGAGGCACUAGGUUUGCAGUAACCGGUGGGACGAGGUAGAAUUCUGAAAGCCAGUGUGGUUUCUUUCCACAGACUUGUGACUCCAGUCAGUCACCAGCAGUUUGAGGCUUUGAGCUGUAGUGUAUAGGGCAGCUGAAUAUCUGACAUGCAGUUUUAAAAUAAAAUGUGGUUUCUGCUAGGGGUAAUGAAGUUGUAUUGGCUGGGCUUCUGUUAGUUUCAGCGUUUCCAAUGUACAGAAUUUCAGUCACUUAUUUGAUUUUUCUUUCUGUGCAGCUAAUUUGCAUAAAUUGACUAAAAUUACCACAAAAUCAUCUGCAAAUAUGCCCAGAUGUCGCUUUGUGAAUUUGGGAAGUAUCAAGCAGAUUGGGUUAAGAUUCUAUCCAGGGUUCUAAGACCAAAGCUAAAAACAAUAUCAUAUUUGUAAGAAAUGUUUACAAUAUAUUUAUACUAUAGUGCCAUGCUAUUACAGCAUCAAAUCCAUUCUCUCCACUGCUUGCAACCUGCACCCUAAGUACAGUGGAAUCUACAUUCUGUGUAUAUGCUGUACUGUUUAAUAGGUUUUUUUAAAUUUGUUUUUUUAGAUUGCAGUCCCCUUCUUUUGCAUUUGAAUUUUCUGUUAACACUAUCUGUGAAAUAUCUGUGUUUCUGGUGUCUGCAUGUAGGGGAGUGUUUUUUAACUUUUGCAUUGAAUGCUGUAACUGAUUGUCAAAACUACAAGAAAAAUGUUUGCGUCGAAAACUUUUUAUAGAAAAGAAUGCUGAAAAACCAUAGAUUUUUUUUUUUUUUUAAAUAUAACCCAUGUCAUCAUAGACGAGAAAUUGUUACAGGGGCUGUCCUUUCUUACAAGUAAAUAAAAGUAAGAACUGC